UAUGAGGACAUUUUUGUUGCUUGUCUGCGGAAGGAAAAGCAAGAGGAACGGAGGUUACCUGUUGAGUGGCUGCUGUAGGAAUUCCUCUGUUUGCUUCAGCCUCUGCUACUGAAGCAAAUUCACCUUUCAGCUUCAAGCCAGAACGGCCUCAAGAUCUUUUAAGACGAAUAAUUUGUUCUAGGGCUUGCCCGGAGGCACUAUGACCACCGUAGCCCCUCCCAGAGGCUGUGGAAACAUCAGCAGUGACUAUUACCUCCUCUGUGACACUGUCAAGGACUGGGGCAUUGUUCUAGAAAGCCUGACCACAGCUGGUGUUCUCACCACCAUCAUCCUCAUACUGGUGCUUUUUGGCCUUAUAUGUAAAGUCCAAGACAACUUUAAGAGAAGCUUGAUCCCAGUUCAGUUCUUCUUCCUCCUGGGCACUCUAGGAAUCUUUGGCCUCACCUUUGCCUUCAUCAUCAAGCUCAAUGAGAGAACUGCCCCCACUCGUUUCUUCCUUUUUGGGGUCCUCUUUGCCCUCUGCUUCUCCUGUCUCCUUGUUCAUGCCUUCAACCUUAUCAAGCUGGUGAGAGGAAGAACCCCAAGUUCAGCACCGAUGUCACUGGUUAUCGCCCUCAGCCUCACCAUUGUACAAAUUAUUAUAGCCGUGCAGUAUGUAGCCAUCAAUAUAGAAGCAUUAAAGAAACAGAGAAAUGAAAUGGACUCUCAAAGCCGUAAUGACUUUGUUUUGCUUCUCAUCUAUGUGCUGUUCCUCAUGGCCAUUCUCUUUGUAGCCUGCAUGUUUGUAUUCUGUGGGCCAUACAGAAGGUGGAAGAGGCAUGGAGCACACAUAUUCAUCACUAUCUUGUUCUCCAUUGGCAUCUGGGUGGCAUGGAUAGCCCUGCUGAUGAGACCAAACCGAAAUGCCAGCUGGGAUGAUCCUGUUAUGAGCGUUGCCCUGGUAGCUAAUGGAUGGGUCUUCCUGAUUACGUAUGCACUGCCUGAAUUUUGCAUCCUUACUGCUCCACAAACGCCUGGAGACUACCCUCCAGAAAAUAGUUUCUGCCAGCCUAAACACCUGAAGAGAAACUAUGGAGUAGAGAACCAAGCCUAUGCUCAGGAGGACAACACACAAGAAGAAACUGGUGAUCGUACAUACAUUCCUUAUUCAACUCAUUUUCAGCUGGAGAAUCUUCAGUCUCAACAGGAUUUCUCCAUCCCACGACCUAAAACACGGUCUAGUCCAUACCAGGAGUAUGCUGGCGGGAAAGGGGUCAAGUAACAGCUGCUUAGGAGUACCAGGAGAAGCAAUGCGGAGUUGACUGAGGGCUGGAAAUCCUCACAAAUAAUUCAGUGCUUCAGUUAUAUUAAACAGGGAUGGAACUCAAUGCUACUGUGGAUGAAGGAAGAUUUGCUUUCUUUUUUGUAUUUGUUUCUGCACAUGUGGCACUUUAUACUUUUUCAUUCAUUGAUUUCCUUCAUUUUAAGAAUCUCUAUGACUUUUAUGAGUUCCGCUGAGGCAUCUUUACCUCAGCGUUUUGUCCAAGCUCAUUUUACCUUGCAAUAUGAGAGCAUGAAGAAUACACCCCUUCCUAUUCAUGAAUGGUUGAAGGGUGUGGGAGUAAAGAGCUGACUACUCUUGGCCAAGACCAUACCUACUCAUUUUCUCACUUCAUCUGAAACGCUGAAAUUAGCAGGAAUAGUCAAUGAUAAUUUUCUUCUGGCAGGUUCUUCCAUGACUGUUCUUAAUCACAUCAACAGUAUUAGUGAUUAUGCUAGGUCCAUAUAACAUUGUCUUCAUAAAAUGCUACAACCUCUCCUGGCAACUCUUGAAGAAUUAAAUAAAGCACUGGAUUUUACUUUAUUUUUUACAGGAAUCACAAUAUUUUAAAACUGUAACUCUCCACAUUAUCUAUAGAGCAAGAAAGACAUGGAAGAUAGGGAAACAAGUUUUUAAACUAAAUUUAAAAUGAACACCUGGCACAGCCCCCAGGCUCUCCUGCAGCUGCCACCGGGCCUGGUGGGGGCCCCGGGCCUGCUUCACUGCUGCAGCUCCUGGGCUCUCUGACAGCCACUGCCAGAUUCAGCACAACCUUGGGGCUUUCUGGCUGCCAGUACUGUGCCUGGUGGGGUCCCUGGCUGCUUCAAUAAUCCGCAGCUCCUGUACUCUCUGGCAGCUAUGGCUGGGCCUGGUGUGCCCCCCCCAGCUUUCUGGAAGCUGCCACCUGGCCUAGUGUAGCCUCUGGACUUUCUGGCAGCUGACAUCUGGCAUGGCGCAGCCCCCAGGCUGCUUUGCCACUGCUGGACACUGGGGUCUCUGGAAGCCACCGCUUGGCCUGGUGAGGCCCCUGCUACAGCUCCCGGCCUCCACCAUACUCAGGUAGAAAGGAAACAGUGUUUUCUAUUCUUGUGCAGAGAACAUUAUUUUACUUUUUGGGGGAUUUAAACUAUGUUUUUUUAAAAAAAACAUUUCAGAUUUUUCUGCAAACUUGGGAAGUCACCCAAGUUUGCUGAAAAACCUGUUUAGCAUCCAUGUGGCUUCAAUUUUCUUAGGUGUCCACAGAUGGGGUCCACAUGUCACUAAUAGUAUAUAGACAGAAGCUCCAUUUUUAGUUUUACUGGUUAAAAUUAUUGGGGAAGCCUAUCUUUCCUGACACACCAUCUGGCAAUAUCUUUUUCAGGGCUUAAGGUAUGACUUUGGCUAUAAAAGUGGCAUGGGCCUUCCUUGGUCUCACAAUUAACACCAGUUGUGAAGGACAGGAUAUUUAUGGAGGGAAUGAAUGGGCAUAAUGUACCUCCAUCUUCCUCCAACUACACAGAAGAUACGUCUAUAUUCUCUGAAAUAAAUAACUUGGUCCAGAAAGUACUUCCAUAGAUCUCCUCCUGAAAAACCUCUCCCCACCAAUAACACUAAUUUCUGUACCUCAUUUUUUGCACAGACUGCUCUACUAUUGAUUCCUUUGCUUCUCCUCCAUCACAGGAAGAAGAAAGUAGGGAAUGCCUGUGACUCCACACCAGCAGUUAUAGUGAGGAGAUGGCCCUUGUUGUGGUCAUCAAUAUGUAAUAAGCCAGGCUUCAGACAGUUGUAAUAAAUAAGAUAGGCUUCAUUCUCUAGGGAGAGGGAAAUAAGAGAGUGAGAUUGACUAGGGGCGGUGGCUGAACUGUGGAGACUUACAGUGCCAUCCUAAACAGAGUUACCCCUUUAGGCCCAUUGUGCUUUCAGAUGUUCUCUUUCAGAUGUUCUUUAGCGGCCAGUUUUUCAUUACAGAAAGCAGAUGGGGAAGAAGUUUAGGUAAUAAACACUGUAUUUAUAUUAGCCUUAUCCAACUUUUUCCUUCAGAAUAUUCAUUCAGAUUUUAGAAAAAGGUAGACCUUUUUAACAACUAGCUCAAGAAAAAGAAGGCAUUUUCCAGCCAAUGUUAAGUAUCUUUACAUCCCAUUGACUGUAAUGGGAGACUUACACAGAUGUUUAUAUUUCUCUCAGUGAAAUCACUCAAAAACACAAGUUCUGAACUUUGACUAUAUUAUGUCAAUUUUACACCUGUGGGAAAGGGGUUUCAGGUUUUGCUUAUGUGCUUGUAACUGUAUAAUAAUAUU